CGAAUUCCGAUCCUCUUCAUGACUUUACACAUUAUUCGGUCUUGCGUUCAUUUAUUAAGUGCCUGGUUCAACCCAGAAAGCAGAAGAGACUACAAGAAUAGAAAAUUGUCAGGAUAGAGAAAAUGGUCGGGAAUACAGGAGAUCGAGACCAAAAGAGGUUUACGCUUAAACUAAUUUCAGACCCAUCCUAUGCCGUCCAGCUUGCCGUCGCCAAACAUUGCGCCUUCAAAGACAACCCUUUGAACAAAACAAUGUAUCCCAUGGACGACGAAAAUGUAUCAUUGCCAUGGCUAGCCGAGCGUGAGCGUCGGGCCAUUAUGGAGGGCAAAUCAACAAUAACUGUUAUAAUAGACAACGACGAUAGCGGUGCCGACGGCGAGAAGAUCGCAGCAUAUGCCAGAUGGAAAAUUCCGGCGAAAUUCCGCCCUGAGAAUCCUGAUUACAAGCAGAGGGAUGACGAAGACAAACAAGAGGGUGGUAUAUCUGUAGGCGCAGGAUCCACUGCUGCGCUGACAGUGGCCGAGGAGCUUGAUGGCAGGAAAUACAUAGAGCCACCUUUACCUGCCGGGUCAAAUGUGCCUCUUGUAACGGAAUUUCGAGCAGCAUUAAAUAUGUUGAGGAAGACUUACUGGAAUGAAGAAACCGAAUAUCUUCUAGGCUCUCUUUCAACAGACCCUAGCUACCAAGGGCAAGGCUGUGGAUCUCUGCUUCUCGACUGGGGUGUGCGGCAUGCCGAUGCUAAUGGAGCGGCUAUCUAUUUAGAAUCUACACCGGUUGCUCAAAAGCUUUAUAAAAAAUUUGGAUGGAAGGCCGUCGAUAGGAUGGAGUUGGAUCUCGGGAAAUAUGGGGGGCCUAAUCUCAUGCAUGGCCUCACAGCUAUGAGAAGAGAGGCACGAUCGACUUCUUCAUCAUAAUUCAACAUCGAUCGUCUCGUAUUCUGAAUUCACCAAGUUACCAGUGAAACAGAUUGGAUGCAUGAGGUGGCAUAAGCCAAGAGCGCUGCUGCCUCCGGGUGGUUUAAGUGAAUUAAUGGUGCAGACGCCGCAGCCUAACCCUAACUAUCCAUAACACUCUCCUUGCAUAAGUAUCCUGGUAUGCGUCCAUGUCUACAACUCGAUGUUACAUUAAGAGAAUGGGAUAAAU